UAUGAGCCCAGUGUGUGUGUGUAUGUUUAGUAGGAAACAUGCAGCAAUAAGGAAACACAGCAGCGUAUGAGUGUGUGUGUGUGGUUGUGUGUAUGUGUGCGCGCAUGUGUGUGUGUCUGUCUGUGUGUGGCUUUUUUUUAAACAAAAUCUUUUUAACUUUUUAGUACAGUAUGCAGUAAACAAAAAAACAAACAAACACCAGGCUGAGUUGUGGAUGUUGUGCGACUGUUCGAUCAGCCUGAAAAGAUGUUUGGUUUUGGGUCAAGAGGGCUCCUCUCGAAGAACAUUCCAGAAGUACCAGGGGGCCAGAUGGGAGCGUAAGCAAAUCAUCUACUGCCGUGUGCGUGUGUGUGUGUAAAGAUGGACGCUCGUAGAUUUUCCACUCGCUGAAAUGGGCUUUCGCAAAGAUGUGUGUGGCCAUGGUGAUCAUUCACACUAAAACACUGGAAAAGAAGGGUGUCGAUGAUGUAACCUCCAAAGAGUCGACCUUUGACUUGCGCGAGCCGUCGACCAUGAGCCAGGGAACGGCCCUCUUCUCCUGCGGAAUCAUGGACUUGGUUAGCGUUGGCCAGCGUCCUGUGGGUUCGAGUCUGGAGAGUCUGUGGGACUCGGGUGCGAGCAGCGCCAGCUCCAUCAGCGGCCUCCUGCGGGACCUGAGCCUGAGCGAAGCGCCUUCACCCAGCAAGCGCCAGUGCCGCUCGCGGUCCUGCUCAGACGAGCUGAGCUGGCGUUCGCCGUGGCGUCCGCAGGCCUCGCGGCUUUGGACCACCGUGGAAAAACGGCGCUGCCACAGCGGGGGGGCCAUUUUGCCCUCGUCUUCGUCUUCAUCCUCUUCCAUCUUCUCCAGCAUGCAGCGAAGCUCCAGUUUCAGCUUCCCCACCCGCUCCAACCUUCCAGAGACGCCAUUUCCUCAAUCGUUCACAGCCGUGACUUUCGACCCGACCCGCCCACUCUGCUAUUCUCACGAGAGGAUUUGCCUGGCUGAGAUCGACGCCGCCCCAGAGACCGGUUCUCCAGACUCCGCCUCCGAGGCGGUAGGACUUGCACGGAGCCAGUCGCAGCCUUGCGUACUGAACGACCAGAAAAUUGGGAUGAAGCGCCGCCGACAGGACGAACCCCACAAACAGAGGCCUUCACUUGACUUGGCUAAGAUGACCCAGAAACAGAAUUUCCAGAGCCUCAGUUGCCCUCGCUUUAACAGCGAUGACGGCUGUCAAUCAAGCCAGACCCCGCCCACUUUCGACAGCCCCGUCCACCAGGGCGAGAAAGCGUAUCCCCUCAGCCCUAAAGAAGACUCGUCCGUCAUCGACGAAUCGGACGGCGACUGGACCAGCGGGAAGGAGCGAGAGCCUCCGUGGGCGGAGCUGUGCGGGUUGAGGAGGGACGUGUUGGGCGGAGAACUCGAUAUCGAGCAGAUCGAGAGAAAUUGAGACUUUUUUUUUUUUUUUGGAGGAGGAGGAGGAUGUCUUUAUGUCCUCGUCACCCUCGGUUCUCGCGUUCCUCUACAUCCUGUAGCGAUUCGUGCUUUUUGGAGCAGGGAGGGAGCUGAAGUGGGGGAUGAAAUAGGACUCAGGAGAAACGGACGCACACAAACGGAAAUGUGGGACGUUAGGAUGACUCAGGUUGAAUCUCGAAAAAAAAAAAAAAAAAAACAGAGUGGAUUCUGGGAUAUCGGGGUUCUGCUCGCGCUCUGUUGCAGAUAUUGUAGCUUUUUAUUCCUUCUUCUUCUUCUUCUUCUUCUCUAAAGGAAGUAUGAAACGACGGCGUACGUUCUCAGAGUCCGACCUGCCUGUCUGUGCUGAAUGAGGAGUGAACGGGGGAAAAUAUAAAUCUAUAUUUUUAAGGAUGUAUUCUUUUCUUUUUUUCUUUUUUUUUUUUUUUUUUUUUUUUACUCCGUUCAUCCGAAAGUACACGGCAUCACGAAGAAGGACGGAAAGGAAAAACAGAAGAAGGUUCUGAGAGCCGAGUGCCGUAAAAAAAAACGAGGACUUACUGUUGAACUUGCACUGGCAUUGAUGCACACAUUACACACACCUCACACACACACACACAUCUUUCUCACACACACACACACACACACACACACCUCACACAGUGAAAAGCUUGGAAAGGGUUUCAGGUUUUAAUAACGUUGAAUGAUAAUUUCAAGCUAAUAGAGUUUAAUUCCUCUUUUUACGAAGUGUAACGUAAAAUGUACUUAUUUCUAUAUGAAUAAACAGCGUUUAAAGUGUGUUUGUAAA